AUGCUUGGUCCACCCAAAUUAUUCUUGGAGAAGAAAAAGUUUCUAUCGAGGUGCACCGUCAACAAAUGCCUACCUUCUCGUACUACAGGCAGCGCAGACAUGGACGACGACACGGCAGGAAUCGAGUACCAAGUGAACGACAUUAUUGACCUGGAAAGGCGAAUAGCU